UGUGUUCGAAUUCCCGCCAUGUGCCAGUUCUUGUCUAGAUUCUGGCACUCUAUGAGCGUACUCUGCAGUGUAGCUAUUCUCUUUAGCAACCUUUUUUACGCUCAGUUUCACAACGCUCCCGCUGAAGUCUGAAACUCUUUUUUUUCUGCAUGUUAUGUUAUUUUUCUGUGUCAGGUUCUCUCAGACUUUCCAUGAUCAUGGAUGGGAAACUGGACAAGUUCAUCUCGGAAGUGGGUGGCUGUGGGAUGUUCCAGGUUCUGCUCUCUCUGGCAGUGUACACCAUUAAAGUGGUCGGCGCCUGGGGCAUGCUUUUUAUGUCAUUUGGCUCUUACAACCCAGGAUGGACGUGCAUGGAUCUCAAAGUCAACGACACAGUCACUGCCUUGAGUGAACCACCAUACCUGAACUCAACAACGCUUGGGAUUCUCGGCCCCAACUCCUCUGUAUCUACCUAUAAUAUGAGCAUGUCAGAGCAAGAAAAGUGUCAAGAGGCCCAGUCUUGCCAGGACGUCAGAUUUGACCCUGACUCAGCCACUAUUGUGUCCGAGUGGUACCUCAUCUGCGACAGAUCGUGGCUUGCUCCAAUCACCAUUUCCAUUCAGAUGGUCGGAGUUACCAUAGGUUCUUUCAUAGCAGGCCAGUUGGCUGAGCGUUUCGGAAGAAAAUUGAGCAUGUACCUGUGGGUUGUACUAGGAGUAGUUUCUAACGUUGUAGCACUUUUUUCUCCCAACUGGGAGGUAUACACUGCUGUCCGUUUCGUCAUCGGGAUGAGCGUGGGUGGCAAUCUGUCCACCUGUCAGGUAUACGCUCUGGAAUUCGUGACGGCGAAGUGGAGAGUUUUCCUCACUGGUCUCCCCACUUGGAACGUCGGCUCCAUUUCUUUUGGCAUCUGCGUUUUCCUGCUGAAAGACUGGAGAGACGCCCACGUCGCCACGGCCGUUCUGGGAGCCUUUGCUUUUCUCAGUGUCUUCUGGGUGCCAGAGAGCCUGCGUUGGUUGGUCGUACAGGGAAAAGUAAAAGAGACAAAAAAAGUGGCAAACAUGUUCUGUCGUGUGAACGGACGUUCUGAGCCGGAUCCCCAUUUGACGGCGUUCACAAAUUGUGAAGGGCAGCAAGACGACAAAAAAGUAGCAAUCCGACAGCUUUUUCGUAGUGACCUUCGUAAAAAGACAAUAGUUUGCAGCGCUAUAUAUUUCUUUAUGGCCAUCAUGUAUUAUUCAAUUGGAUUUGGAAUCAAAGCCCUGUAUGGGGACUUUUAUAUUAAUUUCAUUCUAUAUACGGUAUUUCCUUUGCCUUUAGCCCCUUUAGCUCCUGUCCUGGGACACAAACUCGGAAGGAGAUGGGGAUCAACUGUUCUCAUGUUCUCCUGCGGACUCGUCUCUUCUUCCGUGAUCGUUGUGUUCUUCACAACAAGCGGCCAGGUGCAAGGUUAUGUCAUCACAGGGCUAGCACUGGCCACCUCAGCCUUGCUUGAUUACGCCUGGAGCAUCUUGACCGCCUUUAUCGCCGAACUGUUCCCAACCCCCGUUCGCCUGCUCAGUUUCGGCUUCAUUUUUAGCGCAGCAAGGUUCGGCAGCAUCCUUUCCCCUUUCCUCAUCCCGCGAGAUUUCAGUAUUUUGUAUAUCUCCUACCUGGUUAUGGGCAUCCUGGCUAUCAUUAACUGCUGCCUGAUCCUGUCUAUGCCAGAAACGAAGGACCUUGGACUGGAGGACACGCUACACGCUCGAAGUCAGCUGGAGGUCGAGAUGACACAGGGAGACAUCACUAAACCAACGAGAGAGAAUAGUCCUUUGUCUUAACUUGUGUGCUUCUCCACUGUGUUUGAGCCCACAAUAUCUUACUGCUUUUUUGAAUAUGAAUAUGGCAAUUACGUCCCCAUCGACACAAUUGAGAUCAUUCAGGAGGCGGGUUUCAACUCUACCUGCCAGGUCCAACCCAGGUUAGAACGUUUCUGCAGAAAGGCUCAGACACUCGAUACCCCCCUCCCCUUUUUCCCCGCUACGGGUUUCGAUCUUGGGUGUUCUGCAAGCGACGACGGAGCGUCUGACUGCUACACCACAGAUGCCGGUGUCUCCUGCUUCAUAUUAUAAUGCAAUGUGAAUAUAGUGUACAUGUAUAUCGUAUACUAAUGUUUUGUGUGAUAUAUGUAUACAUGCACGUAUACAGAAAAACAUACAUAUUAUUAUAAAUAUAUAACUGUAUAUCAUUAUUAAUUCAGUGCGUAACCCUUUUCAGGGAAACGGAGAUAGUUUGAUAUAGUUAAAGUUAGAAAACAAGCGUCGUACUUUUUACAUGUAAAGCAGCUUGAUCAAUAAACUAUGUGCACUGUUUUUCUUGAUGUAAUGGAGCUAUGAGACCCCAUCUACUUAAAGGUUUUCUGACUAAAAGAAAUAUUUCACUGUUGUUGUUACUUUUAUAAACAUUGCAUAUACACUGGCGUCCAAAAGAAACUUGAAAAUGUAUCCACCUAAUCAGUAUGAAACAGCCUUACACUAUCUGCUCAUGUAGCAUACCAAUUUAAAGCUAAAUAAAUUCGGCACCCUCUGACAUAUUAAAGUUUCAUCUAUAAUGAGAGCCACCCGAGUCACUCAAAAUUUACCUUAAAAUAUAAGACUUGACAAAAUUCUAUAAAAUCAAAGAAACUUAAAAGUGUGCUUGCGCGUGUAUCGAGGUGCAACCAGAGGCGAAGCGUCUAUAUAAUCAAAUAAUCACUGCUUCCCUUCCUAAUUUUGAAACAUUG